GCGCGGGUGGGACCGGCCGCUGCUCCGCUCCAUCCCUGCCUUUCUUCUGCCUCCUGCCCCACCAAUGCUGGCUCCUUUCCACCCCCCUGCCUUCCUCCUUCCCGGAUCAGGCAGCCAUCGAUCCCUCUCGCCGGUGUCUGCGUGAGGAACAGGUGAUUCUCGUUAGCGGAGCUCGGUUUUUGGAUGCGGCUCGCUCCCUGCGUGUGAAGGAUGAUGAUACCCGGCAAGGCUGAAUCUGCGUAACUUUUACUUGGCGAGAGGAAAAACUUUCUUCCCCGUUCGAAGGCGUUAAAACACGCGCCGUUAAAAAGCAGAAGAAGUUGGUUUUAAAGCUGAACUUCACUUUCCUGGGAUUUGUGUGUCAGAUUCAAAGGCUGCGUCGUUUUGUUUUUCUUUUUUUUUUUUUUUUUUUCCUUCUCCCUUAUCACCCAAAAGGAAACUGUUGCUAGUUGGAAUAGACUUCUUAAAUGUUUGGAAUUCAAGAUACUUUAGGAAGAGGACCAAUUCUGAAAGAUAAAUCUCUAGGUUCUGAGAUGGAUUCCGUCAGGUCCUGGGUCAGAAAUGUUGGGGUUGUGGAUGCAAACGUAGCAGCACAAAGCGGAGUAGCUUUGUCCAGAGCCCACUUUGAAAAGCAGCCACCCUCCAACUUGAGGAAAUCCAAUUUCUUUCACUUUGUUCUGGCUCUCUACGACAGACAGGGGCAGCCGGUGGAAAUAGAGAGGACAGCUUUUGUGGACUUUGUAGAAAAUGAUAAAGAGCAAGGCAACGAGAAGACGAACAACGGCACACACUACAAACUGCAGCUCCUCUACAGCAACGGUGUCAGGACAGAGCAGGAUCUCUAUGUGAGGCUCAUUGAUUCUGUCACCAAGCAGCCCAUAACUUACGAGGGGCAGAACAAGAACCCCGAGAUGUGCAGAGUGCUGCUCACCCAUGAGGUCAUGUGCAGUCGGUGCUGUGAGAAGAAAAGUUGUGGCAACAGAAAUGAGACUCCCUCUGACCCUGUGAUCAUUGACAGAUUCUUCCUAAAAUUUUUUCUCAAGUGCAAUCAGAAUUGCUUGAAAACAGCAGGAAACCCAAGAGAUAUGAGACGGUUCCAGGUGGUGCUAUCAACAACAGUGAACGUGGAUGGGCACGUGCUGGCCGUGUCUGACAACAUGUUUGUGCACAACAACUCCAAGCACGGGCGGAGAGCGAGGAGACUCGACCCCUCGGAAGCCACGCCCUGCAUCAAAGCCAUCAGCCCAAGCGAGGGCUGGACCACGGGGGGAGCCAUGGUCAUCAUCAUCGGGGACAACUUCUUCGAUGGGCUGCAGGUGGUGUUUGGGACCAUGCUGGUGUGGAGCGAGCUGAUCACGCCUCACGCCAUCCGCGUCCAGACGCCCCCGCGGCACAUCCCCGGCGUGGUGGAGGUGACACUGUCCUACAAAUCCAAACAGUUCUGCAAAGGAGCACCAGGCAGGUUCAUUUACACAGCUUUAAAUGAACCUACCAUAGAUUACGGCUUCCAAAGACUGCAGAAGGUCAUCCCAAGACAUCCCGGGGACCCUGAAAGAUUAGCUAAGGAAAUGCUGCUGAAAAGAGCUGCUGACCUGGUUGAGGCCCUGUAUGGGACCCCCCACAACAACCAGGACCUGAUCCUGAAGCGCGCGGCCGACAUCGCCGAGGCUCUGUACAGCGUUCCCCGCAACCCUGCGCAGAUCCCGGCGCUCUCCAGCUCCCCUGCCCACAGCUCCAUGAUGGGUAUCAACUCCUACGGCAGCCAGCUGGGCGUCAGCAUCUCCGAGUCGGCACAGGGCAACAACCAGGGUUACAUCCGCAACACCAGCAGCAUCUCGCCGCGGGGGUACUCGUCCAGCUCCACCCCGCAGCAAUCCAACUACAGCACGUCCAGCUCCAGCAUGAACGGCUACAGCAACGUGCCCAUGGGCAACCUGGGCGUGCCCGGCUCGCCCGGCUUCAUCAACGGCUCCCCCAGCGGGUCCCCGUAUGGAUUGAUGUCUUCAAGUCCAACAGUUGGUUCCUCCAGCACUUCUUCCAUCCUCCCUUUCUCCUCCUCGGUGUUCCCUGCUGUCAAACAGAAGAGUGCCUUUGCUCCUGUCAUCAGACCCCAAGGGUCCCCCUCUCCUGCCUGCUCCAGUGGCAAUGGGAAUGGGUUCAGAGCCAUGACUGGUCUUGUCGUUCCCCCGAUGUAAGGAAGGGGCAGCUUUGCUGCUCUCCCUCUUCCCUUUUUUCCUCCUUUUUUUUUUUUCAUUUUUCUUUUACAGCACAAAACUACUUAUUGUGAUGGACCACUAAAAAAAGAAAAAAUAGCACUACAAGCUCUUUUUUGGGGGAAAGCCAGGCCCAGGAAAAAAAAAGGAACAUUUUUUAUGGAUUGGACAAGAUAGAAGUCUGCAUCAUUUACUUGUUUCAUAUUUCUGACACAACCACAUCAACUCCUCAAACAUUAGGAAUGAAGAAACAGCAAGAGCCAGGAUGAACAAGAGUUGGCAGAAUGGAAUUGGAAUUGCAAAGUCUUUCCUGGAAGACACGAAAACCUUCCUGAGAUUUGUAAAAUAUUCAAAGGGAAAAAAAAAAAGGAAUUGGCAAAAUGAUUCAAGCUUGAUAUUUUGGAUACAAUUUGUUUUACUUUGUAGGGGUAAAAAAAGCUGAAGUUUCUAUUUUCUAUGGAGCCUUUCAGAUAUUGAUUUAGUUUAUGCAGAAAAACAAUUCAACAAAACAGGGUACCAGCAUGAAAGAAUUUCUAGGACAAACUGACAUGAAUGAUGGAACUUGGUGUAUGUGUGUAUUUGCUUAUAGUUUAACCUCUUUAAAAAAAUGUAAGAUGUUUUACAAUUAUUUAAAUAAAUAAACUUGUAACUUAUUGUAUGUAGAGGUAGAAAUUAAAACCCUUUUUUGGACUUUUUUCCUCCAGUUGUACAAUGAAGAAAGAUGAUGCAAAAAUGUAGUGAUAAGUUUGAGAUAUAUUAUUACUGCUGCAAUUGCUCCUCACUUUCCCCCCCCUCACUGAAUUCUUGUGCAAGGAUGUAUAGGAUUCUUUCUGAUUAACAAAACCCUCAGAAACUUUUACCUACAUUGUGCUAAACAGGUCAUGUAGGAAUUUUUUUUCACCCUCCUCAUCUUUCCCCCCCCCUUUCCCAUUUUUUUUUUCAAUUAAAAUAUUCAGGUACUAAGAUUAACUGCUAAGUCUCAAAGACCCAGCUGACGAGUGAGUGGCACUUAGGGAUUUGAGUGAAUCGCAUUUUUCAUGAGGUACUGAGUUUAUUUUAUAGAUUCAAUGUAUGAAUUAGGAGGGGAAGGGUUCUCUGUGGUUUUUCCAUGUAGUUAGAACACCUUAAAUUCAGUUAUGCUUCAUAUUAAGGGUGCAUUUAUGAAAGGUGAACGUGUAUUUGAGUGAUUUAUGCACUUUUAUCCUGAGUCAUUUAAAAUGGUAAGUAUUUGCCAGUUAUAUAUUGAAGUUCAUAGAGGUAAUCAAUUGCUUUGAAUUUCCCUGCAUUUUAGCAUUAAAAACAAAAAAAGAGUUUAGUUCUCCUUUGCAUCUCCUCUCCUGAAACUGGAAGGUGAGGAAAAGUCUGAUAAAUUAAAUCACAAAUUAUCCAGCUAAACCAGAAAAUUACAAAUUAUCCAACUAAACCAGAGAGCUCUCAAAAGAAUUUGGUUGUUGGAAAGCCAUUUUUAGUGGGGGAAAAAAAAAAAUCAGCUACCCCUCUAAAAUCCACACAAUUAAUGGGUGCAUGGGACAGUUGUUCCUAUGGAAACACCUUGAUGUGAAUCAAUAAACCCUAAAUAAGGGCCCAGGAUCUGAACUUCUCCAUUUUCCCAGUAGUUUUAUGGAUGGGUGAGGCAAAAUUGUGUUCUUGGUGAUCUUUAGGGAUGGUAGAAGUUGAGCUGUGCUUGGGAUGGUGAAACUGGGAAAACUCUCUUGGCUGAGCUCGUUUGGAGCUGGUGUGGAGCUAAUUGGGAUGAGGAAGAGCCAAAAAUCCUCUCUGCAGAUCCACAGCUCAAAAAUCCUCUCUGCAGAUCCACAGCUCAAAAAUCCUCUCUGCAGAUCCACAGCUCGGUGCUGGUGGCAGCCUGAGGUGGGGGAUGACCCCAGGGACAGGUUUUGGGGCAGCCCAAAAACCCUAAAAUGGUUGGGUUGGGACAUAAAACCCAUCCAAUGCCGCCCCUGCCAUGGCAGGGACACCUCCACUGUCCCAGAUUAUCCCAGGCUGGCCUUGGACAAUUCCAGGGAUUGGAAAACACUUCCAAGGUCCUGCAGGUUCCCUUUCCUGUGUGGAGCCCAGCUCAGUUUAAGGGAUAAACCCACCCACUGCACAGGAGUUUAAAGAGUUUCUCAGAGGGGCUGGAGACACCAAGAGAGCUGCUGGGAUUCCUAAAGGAAGUCCCAAUGUUGGGAGGGGGUUUUGUGUUCCUGGCUGUGCUGGGAGGUUGGGCAGGGUCUCCAUUUGGUGCCCCCUCAAUGCCAUUAAGUCCCUUUUUGAAAAGGUGGAGAGGGUUAAUCUCUUCUAAAAUUCAAAGCCCAACUUAUAUCAGCAAAAACGACAAUUUAAAGAGAGAUUUGGUGGGAAUAACGUGGGUUUAAGAAACAUGAUGUGGAUAUAAUUAAUAUUUCACAGUCAGGCUACUACUGAAACUGUCUGAGUUCCACAAAAAAAUGAAAUAAAAUGAAUCCCUGUUAAUUAUGGCUGCAGGUUGAUUGUCCUUACGGGUUCUCUGCGUGCCCCUCGGGCCACCAAGGAUGUGGCAGCCACUGGAGAUCAACCAGCACCCCUGAAACCAAGAGAGAUCUGAAAUAGCAAAAAAUCCUAGAUGUUAAAAAGUCUGGAGUCAUCAGAGCACCUCUGAUAACAAAACAGGAAUGUCUGACCUGGACAACAAAACAGCAACAACAAAACCCCCAAAAUAUUUAUCUGUUCAUAGGUGCUGAUUUCACCAGGGCUAAGCAGGAGUCCAAAUUCAUAUUUGGAAUUAUGGAUUUAUCCAGGGGCAAGAAUGGAUUGAGGACUGGAAGAGCUGGGAUUAAAACUUCCCUAAAUUUCAGUGAAAACACAUUGAGUCCUAAAUCCAAAAAUUAUCUUGGUGGACUCAUUCCAUCAAAUCCCUUCCUCCAUUCCCACCUGAAAACCCCAAACAGUUCCAAGGUGUGAAGAUGGUGAAUAUUCCCCCUGCCCUUCUCUGAACAGGCUACUUCUAAAAUUGAUCAUCAAAUAGAUUCAAUUUUGUCUGGCAAAUAUUCCAGAUCAGGAAUUUCUAGACCAUGUGCUGCAGAGCAGCAGUUUGCUACCUUAAAUCUUCUCAUUUUUUUUACCAAAUGGAAUUUUUCAUUACAAAAUUUCAGUCAGGAAAGUUUCCAAUUAAAAAAAAAAUAAAAAUGAGGUAUUUAAUGGAAAAAGCUGGGUUUUGUCCAUCCUUCUGUUUUAUUUUUGCCUAUUCAGCACAGGCACAUUAAAAAAAAAAAAAAAAGAUCUACCACAUCACUGAAAUCUUGGGAAGAUUCAGGGGAGAAAUGACAGUCUGGCAAUAAAAAAUAGAAAAAGAUGAAAGUUUCUGGAACACUGAACAUUCCUUUCACCCUUCAGUUGUUUUUAUCAGUUCUGUCCAGUUGCCCAAUUGCCACGAGUCCAAGUGAAAAAGAGAAAACUCCCUAAAAAGCUGCUCCAAGCACUUGCAGAAGAGGAACUGCCUGUGUUGAUGCAAAUAUGAAAAAUCUGCUUUGCUUUGAGCCAAAAUGAUGAGAACAAAUUAAACCUAGGAAUUAUUUUGAACAUGGAUUUUGUCAAUGCAGGGAAAUAAUUUACUGGAGAUGAGAUAAAAUUAAUUGAGGUUUGCAGAGGAAAACACCUGUAAAUAAACACAACAGAAAUGCUUGAAAAAUUAAACUAGGAAUUGUUUUUAAUGUGGAUCUUUUCAAUGCAGGGAAAUCAUGGUACUGGAGAUGAGAAUAAAAUUGAGAUUUACAGAGGAAAAAAUCUGUAAAUAAACACAACCAGAAAUCCUUGAAAAUUAAAACUAGGAAUUGUUUUGAACAUGGAUUUUGUCAAUGCAGGGAAAUCAUUACUGAGAUGAGAAUAA